GAGGAGGAGAAGGAAGAAGAAGUGCUCUCAGAUGAGCUCAAGGAGGAGGACGGCGUCCUGGUGCUCCAUGAGCACAACUUUGCCCGUGCCCUGAGCGAGCACCGGCUGCUGCUGGUGGAGUUCUACGCGCCGUGGUGUGGGCACUGCCAGCGGAACGAGUCUAGCCUGGCACGGCUGGGCAAGGUGGAUGCCACGGCACAGGCAGCCCUGGCCAAUGAGUUUGGCAUCACCUCCUACCCCACGCUCAAGCUCUUCCGUGAUGGCAACCGCACCCACCCCCUCGCCUACACCGGCCAAAUGGAUGCCAAGGGCAUCGUGCGCUGGAUGCGGCGUCGGGCCGGCCCCAGUGCCACGCUGCUGCAGGACGCCGAUGCUGCCGCCGCCUUCAUCAGCUCCCAGGACUUGGUGGUCGUCGGCUUCUUCAAGGACCUGGGGGGCGAGGCAGCCCAGGCAUUUUACGAGGUGGCUGGCGAGAUGGUGGACGUGCCAUUCGGUGUGGCCGAGGCGGCUGAGCUCUUCCAGGCAUACGGGCUGUCAGCUGACACCGUCUGCCUCUUCAAGAAGUUCGAUGAGGGACGGACAGACUUCCCCGUGGACCCGGUGCGGGGGCUGGACACAGCUGAGCUCACCCAGCUGCUUCGUGUCCACAGCCUGGAGCUGGUGAUGGAAUUCUCCAAUGAGACCUCCGACCAGAUCUUCAGUGCCAAGAUCCCCCACCACAUGCUGCUCUUCCUCAACAAGUCGUCAUCAGCGCAGCUGACGCUGCGGGAUGGCUUUCGGGUGGCCGCUGGCACCUUCCGAGGCAAGGUGCUCUUCGUGGUGGUGGAUGUGACCGGGUAUGGCGCUGACGUCCUGCCCUUCUUUGGCCUGACACCUGCCGAUGCCCCCACCCUGCGCUUAGUCAAGAUGGAGAACAACCGCAAAUACCGGAUGGACCAGGACACCUUCUCGGACACAGCCAUACGCACCUUUGUCCAAGCUGUGCUGGAUGGCAAGGUGAAGCCCCACCUGAUGAGCGCGGAGCCUCCCGAAGACUGGGACACACGGCCCGUUAAAGUUCUGGUGGGGAAGACCUUCGAGCAGGUGGCGUUUGAUGAGACCAAGAACGUUUUUGUCAAGUUCUAUGCACCGUGGUGCUCCCACUGCCAGGCGAUGGCAGCUGCCUGGGAGGAGCUGGGUGAGCGCUACAAGGACCACGAGGACAUCGUCAUCGCUGAGUUGGACGCCAUGGCCAACGAGCUGGAGAACAUCACCAUCAAAGGCUUCCCCACCCUGCACUACUUCCCCGCGGGGCCGGGCAGAAAGAUGGUCGAGUACAAAAGCGCCCGAGACGUGGAGACCUUCUCCAAGUUCCUGGAAAAUGGGGGAACGCUGCCCGAGGAGCCGCCUGUGGUGCCCAAGACCCCCGAGAACAGCACGGGCAGGGAGGAACCCAGUCUGCUUGGGACGGCCGAAUCCCGGGAUGAGCUGUGA